AUGGCUGGUGACAAUAGGUAGGUGGUUACCCUGCGAGCAGAGGCUACAUUUUCGCGGUAUGAGCUGGCGUGCGAAAAGUAGCCUCUGCCGACAACCGUUCAGUUUUCUAUCGUGCAUGCGCAAAAUUCGUCACGCGAUUCGCAAGCAACUAGUUCGUCAAAUCUGCGUGAGUUUCGCGGGAAUCAAACUUGCGUAAACUACCUGCGAACCUGCGAACUACUCUCCUCGAGCUUUUGUUUUGUUUUUCUACUUGGCCCCCACUAGUUUUAAGUAAUUUAGCCCCAAAAUUUCCACGGAUCGUCUUUUUUAGGAAAGUAUUUUUAUGCUAUCAACUGUAGUAAGUUCUGCCUGUUUUGCGGGGAGCACAUUUUUCCGGCGUGAAAGAUAAAAUUCGCCGAUAACGCUACGCAGAAGUGAUGCUUGAAAUAAAUUGGAUGCUGUAGUCUCACGAUUGUGCUUUAAACUAAUGUUAUGAAUGAACAUAGACAAAACGGUAGUCAGUAAAAUUAGUUAUCGAAAAAUUUUAUUCGAAAACCCAUAAUUUUAUCCUUAAAAGCAAUUCGCGUAAUACUAACCGGAUCGUGGAUCAUUUCACGCAAGUAAAAGCUGCCGAAGACAUGUCAACGGCAAAAUCCGUCUCAAGUCGUAUAAAACAUCCAUGAAACAACUAUAAAUACUUAAAUUUCCAUUUAAAAACGGAACUUCGUUGACCAUUAAUGUGCAAGUUGUACCUGAAAAUUCUUCAAAAACUUUGCCGCUUUGGUUUCUUUCGUGAAGAAGCCAACCACGUUGAAGUCCUUGAGGGCAAAUCAGUGUUCAGCUAAAAGCGUUUUUUCUGCUUUUUCCACAAAAGAAAAUUGAUCGAUGAUUCUUUUGAACAUUCCGGUUCCCAUCUGUGUCUUAAAACAGUGCAUUUAGCCUCGCAUUGGGAGGCGACACAACAAAAAUCACCGCAGUAUCCAUUUUCUUUUCCUGGCAAACAAGAACUACCAUAUGAUAAAUUAACGAUCUUAACACGGUCCCGUAAGAAGCACCGGCAGCAGCUUGUUUUGGUAUUCCGACAGCUUUAAAAUACAGAGCUUAUUCAAGUUGUUGACGACGCUCUUUUAAAUACAUAAACAGGGAUUUUUGAAGUUGUUUUGAACUUUUCCUGUUGCUACGUUUGAGCUGCGUUGAUCUGCGUUCGUAUGCGAGAAUUUGGCGCGAAGGGAUGCAUGAAGGCGCAAUAAUGGUCAGCGUUCAUUCGCUGACGCAAGACUCACGCGAUGCUAUAAACCGGUCAAGAACAAGAAAAAACCCGUUUUUUAAUUUAUUCGUCCAGAUUUCUGGACGGAUUUGAACGGUUGUCGGCAGAGGCUACUUUUUGCACGCCAGCUCAUACCGCGAAAAUGUAGCCUCUGCUCGCAGGGUAGUAGGUGGUCAUUUCGGUAUUGAUUUUCUGUUUCCAUAUUAUUUCACAUAUCUGUCUCGGACAUAACGGUGAAGGAGCAAUAAUUGGAAGUUCUUCCUGUGAUAAAAAUUUUAGAUGCAUCAGGUUUUCAUUGAGUGAAUGUCUGAACAUUCAAUAAAUCAUGAUGGAUGAGGAAGAAAGUCUUAGUAACUAUUCUUUCAAGUAGUUCAGUUUGGUAUUUCCUUUUGCUUUCUUCCUUUCUUUCUUUAUUUUUGUGCAUGAGAACCUCUGUCAGCAAGGUAUAACAGUACUUUUAGAGAGAUGUUAAUUGCAAAUCUGCUGCACCUUUUCCACAGUGACAUUGACAUCACAGGCACUGACCACUCUGAGGUGACCUCAAAUAGUGACAGUAGCAGCAACUCUUCUGCGACAGAGUCGUCUGCAGAAAGUGAAGAUGACAACUGCUUCUUGUAAGUAUUAAAAAAGCAUGUUGAUCUUCCCAAUAAUUUCGAAAGGUGGUGUUAUGAUCAUUGCCCCUCUUACGUUUUGUUUUCAUUGAACCAAUAAUACAAUACUAGUACUAUAAUAAUAGUAUAUGAUUGUUUUAGUAUGUUUCUUUGUCAUUGCUACACACUCGUAUUCAGCAAAACAAAAUAUUAGUAAUGUCUUGAACCAAAUUAUAAAUAUGCUACCAAUUCUUGUCACUAUAGAUUAGUACAUGUGGAUUGAAUUUUCUGUUUACAAAUAUGCCAUGCAAUGACUUGUUUUUCAGAAAUGUGUCUGCACUGUCUGAUGCUCUGUGCAAGCUUGUUGCCGAUGCUGAUGAGGCUUUCAGCUCCAGUGAUGACAACGAUGAAGAUUAUUGGGGGUAAGUUUCUCUAAGAUAAAUUCAUGAUGUGAAGGAUGUAAAACUAAGCUAUGAAUUAGUUUAAACAGUUUCCACCAUCUACCAUCUACCUUGAGUUUUUAGGAUUUGCGUGAUUGGAGAAUUUUGUUUCUUAGUUAGUGGAUAGUGAUAAACAAUACAAUUUAUCAAACUCAAUAAAGAAAGGUUUUAAUUGGUUUUCAUUGUUUCUGCUUAUAGUGAGGAGAGUGAUAGUGAAUGUGAUUUGGACAUGACACAGGAAGAGAAUGCUGCCAUUGAAUUUGAAAUAUCUGGGGUGUUGGAUGAAGAAAGUAAUGAUGAUGACAUUGGCAAGCAGCCAUCAAAAGAGCCUGUAGUAGUCUCAGUAUCCACUCAGACCGAGGACCCAGUGGUGCAGGCUCAAGAAGAAAGACCAGUGCCCACAGCUGUACCAGCCAUACCAUGUGUGGUUGGUCCUCCUCGAGAAAAUAAAUUCAGUCGCUGGGAAGACCACAAGGAAUAUCCAGAUGAAAUAAAGCUUGUACAAGGCACUAAGGUUUUAUGUGCUCUUGACCUCCUAAUGCAGGUGUUUGCAGACAAAUGCCAACAUCCUGGGUGCCAGCAGCAAACCAGGGUUGAUCACACUCUUUGUGGCACCAGUGUGUUAGUAAAAUGGACUUGCCCUCUUGGGCAUAAAGGCAGGUUUUGGUCGUCUAGAAAAGUUAAUGGUAUUCUCGUCAACAACCUCCAGACCUCUGCUGCCAUAUUGUUGUCCGGUUGCAGUUUCAUCAAAGUAGCUAAGAUGGCUAAGUUCCUGGGCCUUUCUUUCCCUUCAAAGUCCACCUUCUUCAGGGUGCAGAGGCUUUAUGUGAUUCCUGCUGUAACAGAAUGGUGGAAGUGGCAACAGGAAAUAAUAUUUGAGGAGUUGAAGGAUCAGGACCUUGUUGUUGCAGGUGAUGGUCAAUGUGACUCCCCUGGAUUCACGGCAAAGAAUCUUUGUUACUACCUUAUGGAUGUAACAACAUCAUACAUAAUUGAGCUUGAGGUAUUGGACAAACGUGAGACAAACAUGAAGUCAGUCACGAUGGAGAAGCAGGCUCUUCAAAACAUUCUUCUUAGGCUUAGAAGAUUGUUGACGAUCACUGAAGUUGUAACCGAUGCAUCAGCAAGUAUAAAAAAACUGAUAGGUAUGAUAAACUGAAUAAUGAGAAGUUAUCAGUCAUACAAAGAAAAGUUACUUUGUUUUUAUGAAAACUGCAUUUUGUGUACCAGUAUAUUAUUAUUAUUACUAUUAUUAUUAAUAUUGUCACUAUUACUGGCGAAAAUUCUUAUGAGGAAGAAAAGCAAUGAAAAGAGAAUCAAUGAUAUUUAGAUACUGUGGCGUUGAAAUUUGUGGUUGAAGUAUGCCGGGAGAUUACGUUAAUAGUUUUGUAUUAAAACCAUAGAGCACCCAACCUUGAAAUAUGUUUUAGGUUGUGCUUUUCUUGUCAACUUUUUUCUCAUCAAUUGAACCAAACCAUCAAUGGGUUAGCUGUCUUGUCAUUUCCAUAUUCUUACCCAAAUUUCUGCUGUUAUAUACAACUCAUGCUUUUUGCCUGUGGGUUUUCAAUGCUUUCUAUUUAUCAGUGAACUCAAGUAGAUUACUUUGUAUUUUCUAAACAUACUAAAAUAUUUUCCUUGUAUUCUAGCUGAUGCUUUUAGACAGAUAUUCCACUCACUUGAUGUCUGGCAUAAGUCAAAAGGAAUCCGGAAGUGUCUUUCAAACGUGAGUAAGAGUUAAUAUUAUAUUAAUUUUACAGUGGCCACAAAGAACAUAUUUAGUGUAAUUCUUUCUAAUAUGUGACUCUGUCCCAUGUAUUGGCAAGACUCUUUCCUAUAAAUAGAACAUAAACAUACAUUGUGUUGUCACUUGUAAAUACGCCCAUGUAGUAUACUUCACUGUUGUAUAUUUCCAGGAUAAUCAAAUCAUAUCUUUAACCAAUGGGCCAGGAAUGGACUAAGGAAUGUUGUUAUUAUAAUCUGUAGAGAAUUAAAUGCUCAAAGUUUGACAAUGAUGGUUGGACUGUUAAUGUAGGUUUAUUUUUUUGAGUCGUUGCAUUUAUCUCUGCCAGAGAAAAAAAUUUAAGGCUUGUUAUUGAUCUUCUGUAGGUGGGAAGUGCAAAGGGGAUGGAAAAAGUGGCCCUUUGGUCUGACCACAUUGUUAGACACUUUUGGCACUGUUGCAGUCUGGCAUCUGAAGUGGAAGGCAAUGAGCUAGAAGCUCUGAAGAUAUUGAAGGUAAUUCCAAUUUAUCAUCUUUUUUAAAGUAAUUAAAAACAGGGCUGUCGGUAAGAGGUGAUGGGUCUAUGUGGCCCCCAGCUACACUCAAAGGAAAAUAGAAGAAAAAUGGAAUCAAACGAAACCCCCCGUUGUUUGAUUCUCUGCCUACUUAUUUUAUGAACCCAGCAACUUGAAAUCUUAGUGACAGCUCUGAAUUUUUUUUUUCUGAGACUUUUUUGAAAAUUAUCACAUUAUAGUAUAUCAGACUGUAAACACUUUGCUUCUUCACAAUGUUUUAGGGUCUGUUUACAUGGAGGUGGGGGACCUCUGAUAGGUGAGGUAAAAUGUGGUGGGUCACCCCAUCUCUCAAAUUAAAAUGAGAUAUUAUAUGGACAAGCGGGAUACUCCACCAAAGCGGGUUACCUCACCUACCUGGGGUUCCCUACCUCUAUGUAAACAGACCCUAUGUCAUUAUCAUCUUGUUAUAUAUGUUUCAAUGAAAUUUUACUAUUAUGAAAUCAGGAUACCUGGAUCUCACUAUUACACCAUGUGUGCAAUCAACAUGAGUGGGCUGAUGGCCAUUGUGACCACGAGCCAAUCACUGAGGAAAACCACCAGCUUCCAUGGUUUGACAGGAGAUCCAAAGAGUUUGAGGCACUGCAAAAAAUUAUCCUAGAUCCUGACCUUCUUGAAAGUUUCAAGUACUACACCAGAUUCAGGUAUAUAAGGGGAACCCUGUUUUCAUAAGAAAGACUAAAUAUAUAUCUUAUUUCAAUAUGUUGGUUUAUUCAAAUAUAAUGUUUAUGGAUGAAUGGUAUGGUCUUCAAAGAAAAAAUAUUUUGGUUUGUAUUCCUGUCUGCUUGGUCCUUGGCAAAAGAAAUGUAUGGAGGAAACUUAAAAGAAGAAUGUGUUAAUGAAUACUAGGUCAAUAACUCCGGGCAGCCCCAUUCCUUAAACUAAGCUCAGUAACGUAAACGUUGUCAGGCUUAGGCAAGGGUUUAUUUUUUAUUGCCACUGUGGACCUUGUGAAAACCUUCUUAAGGUGUUGGCCAGCCCCUAAAUGCCUUUCUAUGUCAAGCUCAAUUCAUUGUCCUUCUUUAAUUAUUACAUGUAUAUUGAACCAUGUUUUUCAAAAAUAUUUAUUUUACUUUUAGGCAUACAGGCGCAUUAGAACGAGCCAACUCUCUGUCAUUGAUGUAUGCCAGCAAGAGAAUUUCCUACACGUAAGUAACAACACUUCAUAGUUUUAAAAGUUCAUAGUAUUUAUAUUAUCUGUAGCCUAUAGAGAAGCUCAAAUUGUUGUAUACUUCAAAAAAUUGCACUGUGUGAACAAAGAUCUCAUGGAACACUGUCUAUUUUGAUCAAUUGUUCUUUUUAGGAAGAAAGUCUACAAAGCAAGAAAACAACUAGCUGCCAUUGACUGGAACUAUCACCUCGAUAUUCCUGAACAAGAAGAUGUGCUAGGCGAGGUUGCUGUGACCCGGAAGUACAACCAAAGAACAAAGAGUUGGAAUGUGAAAAUUGUAAAGCAGGCCAAAGACUAUGGUUAUAUUUGGAUGCUUCUGGCUAAAGUGUUUCGUCUACGUGUGGAGGAUAAUGAAAAUAUGCAGAGGGUGGUCCCAAUGGAAGCUGAUGACCCAAGGAGGAUAGCCCCUACCAUUGCUGUGGUGCCACCCCCACCUUCACGCGAGCUCUUUAUUCAGCACAGCAGCAGGUUUAAGAAUAACUAGGAAACAUGAUGCAAAAUAUGUAAUGAAUAUGGAACCUUUAUGUAUUCAUGUGCGGUGUAAGAAAAUAUUCAUCAAAGAAGGACUGUCAUGUAUGAUGCACAAUAAAUCUCCUUGUCUCUGGCGCCUAUGACAGUCGAUGCUGCAGCAUUGGUUACACCAGCUUUACGAUUUGGACAAAAAUUUGAGGCAAGUUCUUCGCUGAAGUUCCAUACACACUUGCUUCGCAUGAGCUUCGCUUGAAGAGCGUUGUUUUCGAAAUGUAGGAAUUUGUCGUUUCGAUCAGCCUUCAUGCGAUCGAAACUUGUAUUCUAGUUGAAAUAGAACUCCAAGUUUAUAUUUGUGUUCCUAAAGUUCGAUUUAUUGGGCCAAUGGUAUCCUUUUUUUUCAUAUUUUGCGAUUUACUCAAUGGGACGCGUAACUCACGUGGGGACGCGAAGUUUCACGUGGUGACGCAAACUUUGCGUGGUUCUCCUAGGCAACGCAAUUCUUUCGAAUUUUUCCUUAGCAACGCCAGCAUUAUCUUUUUUUUUAAUGUAACUGUAGAGUUUUACAAAAAAAGUUCCUAUUUCUUUCUUUCAUUCAUUUUUUAGCAAAGUUUGAAAUAUAUUGUAUAUUUUUUUUCACUUGUGUAUUUGAGUUUUAGUGAUGAGAAAAUUUUGCUUUUUUUUCUGCUUAUUACCCGGCCAUUUUUAUGGAUAAAUAUAGUUUUAUGUGUUAUUUAUUUCAUUCUCAAAGUGAUGAAGAUGCUGACGGUGAUGAUGAUGGUGCAGACAUUCCAUCUGUCGUGUUGCCUACUCCCACAACACCUGCACCUCUUGUUACUUCGGCUGCUUCUGUAGCUCCCCCAGCUACACCCCUGGUUUCGGAAGUAAACGAGAUUCUUUCAGGUCAGUAUUAUUUAAUUAUCAUUGUAAACAGUAACUCAAUACAGCCGGUAGUUUUUGUGUUCUUAUUUUCAUUGAAUCGUAUCAAUAAUAAUAUUAUGUCUGUUUUGUUUAGGUCCUCAUCCUCCAUCCAGUUUCUACCCCUCAGUUCCUCCUCCUGCACGACGUCGUAAGUAAUUAAUUCUAUAGUUUUUAUGGCAUAUAUUUUUUAGUUCAAAUGUUGUUUGUUUUUGUUUAUAAUUGAAGUAGUCAGGGGUUUCGGAAACAUUGAAGUAGCCAGCAGCCUGAGUACUGAAAUGUAUGUUUACGUUUGUGUAGCUCGCAUUGCCUGUGCUGCAGAUCAGCCUACUAACCGUGGUGCUGGUCGUAGCAGAGGCCGUGCUGCUGGUCGUCCCAGAGGUCGUCCCAGAGGCUGUACUGGUGCUGCUGCUGGUCAAAGUCGUGGUGGUGCUGCUGCUGGUCGGAGUUCUGGUGGUGCAGACGAUGAGGCUCCCUUCCUGAGCUAUGGUGACGAGGAUGUUCCCAACAUACUUCCACGGUUUGACUCAUCCAAAGUUGGCUUUCAUUUCCCUGGCUAUCUUACAAGGGGCUCUCCAGAAGGAGCUAAAGAUUUUUUUGAUCUUUUAUUUUUGAUGAUAGCAUAGUAAAUAGCAUAGUUACACAUACUAAUAGUUAUGCACAGGAGGUCUUUUCAGGUCAAGGCUCUUCGUAUACCCAGUCUGAUGGCAGCUGGCAGGAUGUGACCGCCAAUGAAAUCAGAAGAUUUAUUGCCCCCCCCCCCUUUGUACUAGUGGUAGGCCAAGGACUCCAUGUCCACCCCCACCUUCACUGUUUUCAACCGAACACAUCCCUCGUGUUGCUGAUGUAAAGAGAAACUGUGUUGUUUGCUGGAAACGGGAAAAAGUAGAGAAAAAGAUUACCACCUAUUGUUCCGCACCCCAAUGUGAGGGUAAAUUCAUGCAUAUUACAAGGAACGAAAUUGUUUUGAAAUUUUCCACAGCCCAGAAUAUCAUAGCCAGUAAUUCUUUAGUUUAUGAUGGAUUGUUUUGCCAGUCUCUUAGAUAAAAUUGAAAAAAAAAAGAAAUGUAAGUAUAAAAAAAAUUUAAAAAUCCAAAAAAAAAACCAUAGUAUUUUACUGGUAAGUGUGGUCUAAAACAAAAUCAUUCACUGUAUUCUAACAUUUUCUAAAGCUUUGUUUUAUUUCUUUAUAGGUAGAUGGAGAGGGCAUUGUAUUGCAUCAGGGAGUAUAUAAGUAUUUGUAUCAUUUUUUAAAUGAGCUGAGGACACAACACCCCUUUAUAUGCGUAAACAUCACAAGUAUAUAGAUCUGAAUACAUUAUGUAUUGCAUUUAUUUUUAAUUUCUAUAGUAGAAUACAUUCAAUAACCUUUUCAGUAGCCUGCCAGAUGCUGGCAGGGGUGGUGGUGGGUUUUUUUUUCCCCCCCCAAUUUUUUUUUCAAAAACAAUUUUUUUUUAUUAUUAGCAUUUAUAGUCAUUUAUUGCAAAAAAAUAAUCAAAAUGCUGACACUAUGGCUUGUUAGGGGUUUAGAGGGGCUUUUGGCAUCAUUUUCAUGUAACUCCAUAACUUCAUGUAACAUUGAAAAAAAAUUUUUUUUCAUUUUUUCUUAAAAUGAGUACAUGUUAAAAAAAAUAUGUAAAAAAUUGUGUAUUUGCUUCUUUUCAGGGAAAUUUGGCUUGCAGUUGGCCUGGAAAUAAAGCAACAGAUUCAUUUUUAACAUACCCAGCAAAAGACACUUUAUUUUGGACUAAAAGAGCGUCCAUCGUGGAUUUUUUUGCAUAAAUUAUGCAAAUUUUUCACAUUAGCAUUUUUUUUUAAAACAUUAUUGAAUGUAUGGAGAACAAUUUAUGUUUUUUAUAGAGCCAAUUUAUCCCUCUUUCAAAUGGGAUAUUGCUUAAAACACUGCUGUAAAUACCUGCAGAGAUAUUAAUAAAAAUAUGAAAGUCGUCAAUUUUGGCCUGAUUUGUAAGCGAAGACAAUGAGAUAAGCAACAGUGAUGUUUUUGACAAUAAAUUGACAAUAAAUAUAACCUAUGAGAAUUGUUUAAUAAUUUAAAUGCA